GUGUGUGUCCGUGCGCUGUGUACGUGCGGGGAGUGCCUGGGGUAUGUGGUGUGUGCCGCCGGGGGCCGCGUGGGUCCGAGUGAAUGCCAAGUGUGCCGGGAAUGCGUGUGUGGGAGCGAGUCUGGAGCGGAUGUGAGUGUGUGCGAAUGUGUUCGUGUGUGCUGGCUGCGCGUCCAGGAAUGUUGCGAGUGUGGAGCGCGCCUGGGCCGCGGCUGCGAGUGUGCCCUGGGCCGGGGCCGCCCGAGGGGGCGGUGGCAGGACGUGUGUGCGCGCGUGUGCGUGUGCGCGUGUGUGGCGCGCUGGGCCGGAACAAGUUGUCGCGGCGGCGCCCCCUGGGCAGCCCGGGUCGGGCAGGGCCCGAGGCUCAGGGGAGGACCGGGCCCCGCAGCCGCCGCCUCGGGCAUGUCGGACUGUUUGUUGUUUCGCAAGUUCCGCGCGGCGCUGGCGGGCUGCUGAUCCGAGGCGGCGCCUGGGCUGCGGGGCGCCCGGGCUAGCGGGGGCCCGGCGAGGGGCCGGCGGGCGGAGAGGGGAGGGCCGGGCCGGCGGGCGCUCCUGCGGUGGCCGGGCCGCGGCUGCGCCCCAGGCGGCCGGGCAGGGGCUGUCCCCGGGCUGGGCUGCGACGUCGGGGCGCGGGCAGGGCCUGGCUCGCUGCCGGGGGACGGCGCCCCCUCCCUUGGCGCGCAGGACGCGCGGGGGACGCCCGGGCCUCCCAGGACACUCCCUCGGUGGAGCCCGCAACUUUGGGCGGCCUCCCGGCCGGCCGGGACCGCCAGCUGGCUGCACCUUUGAGGAGGCAAGUGACCCAGCAGUGCCCUGCGAGUACAGCCAGGCCCAGUACGAUGACUUCCAGUGGGAGCAAGUGCGAAUCCACCCUGGCACCCGGGCCCCUGCGGACCUGCCCCAUGGCUCCUACUUGAUGGUCAACACUUCCCAGCAUGCCCCAGGCCAGCGAGCCCAUGUCAUCUUCCAGAGCCUGAGCGAGAAUGACACCCACUGUGUGCAGUUCAGCUACUUCCUGUACAGCCGGGACGGGCACAGCCCGGGCACCCUGGGUGUCUACGUGCGCGUUAAUGGGGGCCCCCUGGGCAGUGCUGUCUGGAAUAUGACUGGAUCCCAUGGCCGUCAGUGGCACCAGGCUGAGCUGGCUGUCAGCACUUUCUGGCCCAAUGAAUAUCAGGUGCUGUUUGAGGCCCUCAUCUCCCCAGACCGCAGGGGCUACAUGGGCCUAGACGACAUCCUGCUUCUCAGCUACCCCUGCGCAAAGGCCCCACACUUCUCCCGCCUGGGCGACGUGGAGGUCAACGCGGGCCAGAACGCGUCGUUCCAGUGCAUGGCGGCGGGCAGAGCAGCCGAGGCCGAACGCUUCCUCCUGCAGCGGCAGAGCGGGGCGCUGGUGCCGGCGGCGGGCGUGCGGCACAUCAGCCACCGGCGCUUCCUGGCCACUUUCCCGCUGGCUGCUGUGAGCCGCGCGGAGCAGGACCUGUACCGCUGUGUGUCCCAGGCCCCGCGCGGAGCGGGCGUCUCCAACUUCGCGGAGCUCAUCGUCAAGGAGCCCCCCACUCCCAUCGCGCCCCCACAGCUGCUGCGUGCUGGUCCCACCUACCUCAUCAUCCAGCUCAACACCAACUCCAUUAUUGGCGACGGGCCGAUCGUGCGCAAGGAGAUUGAGUACCGCAUGGCGCGCGGGCCCUGGGCCGAAGUGCAUGCCGUCAGCCUGCAGACCUACAAGCUGUGGCACCUCGACCCCGACACAGAGUAUGAGAUCAGCGUGCUGCUCACGCGUCCCGGAGACGGCGGCACUGGCCGCCCGGGGCCACCCCUCAUCAGCCGCACCAAAUGCGCAGAGCCCAUGAGGGCCCCCAAAGGCCUGGCUUUUGCUGAGAUCCAGGCCCGCCAGCUGACCCUGCAGUGGGAACCACUGGGCUACAACGUGACGCGUUGCCACACCUAUACCGUGUCGCUGUGCUAUCACUACAUCCUGGGUAGCAGCCACAACCAGACCAUCCGAGAGUGUGUGAAGACAGAGCAAGGUGUCAGCCGCUACACCAUCAAGAACCUGCUGCCCUAUCGGAACGUUCAUGUGAGGCUUGUCCUCACUAACCCUGAGGGGCGCAAAGAGGGCAAGGAGGUCACCUUUCAGACGGAUGAGGAUGUGCCCGGUGGGAUUGCAGCCGAGUCCCUGACCUUCACUCCACUGGAGGACAUGAUCUUCCUCAAGUGGGAGGAACCCCAGGAGCCCAAUGGUCUCAUCACUCAGUAUGAGAUCAGCUACCAGAGCAUUGAGUCAUCAGACCCGGCGGUGAACGUGCCGGGCCCACGACGUACCAUCUCCAAGCUCCGCAACGAGACCUACCACGUCUUCUCCAACCUGCACCCUGGCACCACCUACCUAUUCUCCGUGCGGGCCCGCACAGGCAAAGGCUUCGGACAGGCAGCACUCACUGAGAUAACCACCAACAUCUCUGCUCCCAGCUUUGAUUAUGCCGACAUGCCGUCUCCCCUGGGCGAGUCUGAGAACACCAUCACCGUGCUGCUGAGGCCGGCACAGGGCCGCGGUGCACCCAUCAGUGUGUACCAGGUGAUUGUGGAGGAGGAGCGGGCGCGGAGGCUGCGGCGGGAGCCAGGUGGACAGGACUGCUUCCCAGUGCCACUGACCUUUGAGGCGGCGCUGGCCCGAGGCCUGGUGCACUACUUCGGGGCCGAACUGGCGGCCAGCAGUCUACCUGAGGCCAUGCCCUUUACCGUGGGUGACAACCAGACCUACCGAGGCUUCUGGAACCCACCGCUUGAGCCUAGGAAGGCCUAUCUCAUCUACUUCCAGGCAGCAAGCCACCUGAAGGGGGAGACCCGGCUGAAUUGCAUCCGCAUUGCCAGGAAAGCUGCCUGCAAGGAAAGCAAGCGGCCCCUGGAGGUGUCCCAGAGAUCGGAGGAGAUGGGGCUUAUCCUGGGCAUCUGUGCAGGGGGGCUUGCUGUCCUCAUCCUUCUCCUGGGUGCCAUCAUUGUCAUCAUCCGCAAAGGGAGAGACCACUAUGCCUACUCCUACUACCCGAAGCCGGUGAACAUGACCAAGGCCACCGUCAACUACCGCCAGGAGAAGACACACAUGAUGAGUGCUGUGGACCGCAGCUUCACAGACCAGAGCACCCUGCAGGAGGACGAGCGGCUGGGCCUGUCCUUCAUGGACACCCAUGGCUACAGCACCCGGGGAGACCAGCGCAGUGGUGGGGUCACUGAGGCCAGCAGCCUCCUGGGGGGCUCCCCGAGGCGUCCCUGUGGUCGGAAGGGCUCUCCGUACCACACAGGGCAGCUGCACCCUGCAGUGCGUGUGGCAGACCUUCUACAGCACAUCAACCAGAUGAAGACGGCUGAGGGUUACGGCUUCAAGCAGGAGUACGAGAGCUUCUUUGAAGGCUGGGACGCCACAAAGAAGAAAGACAAGGUCAAGGGCAGCCGGCAGGAGCCAAUGCCUGCCUCCCAGACUCUACCCCCUGGUGUGUCCUGCCUCCCAUGGUGCCCAGAGACUACUGAUGAUCGGCACCGAGUGAAACUGCACCCGAUGCUGGGAGACCCCAAUGCUGACUACAUUAAUGCCAACUACAUAGAUAUUCGGAUAAACCGAGAAGGUUACCACAGGUCAAACCACUUCAUAGCCACUCAAGGGCCGAAGCCUGAGAUGGUCUAUGACUUCUGGCGCAUGGUGUGGCAGGAGCACUGUUCCAGCAUCGUCAUGAUCACCAAGCUGGUCGAGGUGGGCAGGGUGAAAUGCUCACGGUAUUGGCCAGAGGACUCAGACACCUACGGGGACAUCAAGAUCACGCUGGUGAAGACGGAGACCCUGGCUGAGUAUGUCGUGCGCACUUUUGCCCUGGAGCGGAGAGGCUACUCUGCCCGGCACGAGGUCCGCCAGUUCCACUUCACAGCGUGGCCAGAGCAUGGCGUCCCCUACCACGCCACGGGGCUGCUGGCUUUCAUCCGGCGCGUGAAGGCCUCCACCCCACCUGAUGCCGGGCCCAUUGUCAUCCACUGCAGUCCCGGGCUUCCUCCCCAAAGCUCUGACGUGGCCUGGGGCUGCUCUCUCUCCAGCGCGGGCACCGGCCGCACAGGUUGCUACAUCGUCCUGGAUGUGAUGCUGGACAUGGCAGAGUGUGAGGGCGUCGUGGACAUUUACAACUGUGUGAAGACUCUCUGCUCCCGCCGCGUCAACAUGAUCCAGACUGAGGAGCAGUACAUCUUCAUUCAUGAUGCAAUCUUGGAGGCCUGCCUGUGUGGGGAGACCACCAUCCCUGUCAGUGAGUUCAAGGCCACCUACAAGGAGAUGAUCCGCAUUGAUCCUCAGAGUAAUUCCUCCCAGCUGCGGGAAGAGUUCCAGACGCUGAACUCGGUCACCCCGCCGCUGGACGUGGAGGAGUGCAGCAUCGCCCUGUUGCCCCGAAACCGCGACAAGAACCGCAGCAUGGACGUCCUGCCGCCCGACCGCUGCCUGCCCUUCCUCAUCUCCACUGAUGGGGACCCCAACAACUACAUUAAUGCGGCUCUGACUGAUAGCUACACACGGAGCGCGGCCUUCAUCGUGACCCUGCACCCGCUGCAGAGCACCACGCCUGACUUCUGGCGACUGGUUUACGACUACGGGUGCACCUCCAUCGUCAUGCUCAACCAACUGAACCAGUCCAACUCCGCCUGGCCCUGCCUGCAGUACUGGCCAGAGCCAGGUCGGCAGCAGUAUGGCCUCAUGGAGGUGGAGUUUAUGUCGGGCACAGCAGAUGAAGACUUAGUGGCCCGAGUCUUCCGGGUGCAGAACAUCUCUCGGCUGCAGGAGGGGCACCUGCUGGUGCGGCACUUCCAGUUCCUGCGCUGGUCUGCAUACCGGGACACGCCUGACUCCAAGAAGGCCUUCCUGCACCUGCUGGCUGAGGUGGACAAGUGGCAGGCCGAGAGUGGGGAUGGGCGCACCAUCGUGCACUGCCUAAAUGGGGGAGGACGCAGCGGCACCUUCUGCGCCUGCUCUACCGUCCUGGAAAUGAUACGCUGCCACAACUUGGUGGACGUUUUCUUUGCUGCCAAAACCCUCCGGAACUACAAACCCAACAUGGUGGAGACCAUGGAUCAGUACCACUUUUGCUACGAUGUGGCCCUGGAAUACUUGGAGGGGCUGGAGUCAAGAUAGCGGGGCCCUGGCCUGGGGCACCCACUGCACACUCAGGGCCAGACCCACCAUCCUGGACUGGCGAGGAAGAUCAGUGCCUCCUGCUCUGCCCAAACACACCCCUGUGGGGCAAGCAUUGGAGUGGAUGCUGGGCCAUCUUGCUGCCCCUUCCACUGUGGGCAGGGUCUUUCACUUUGUCCCAUGGGCAGGUCGUAGGCCAAGGAGGAGCUUAGCAAGUCUGCAGCCCAGCCCCACCUCCAUAGGGUCCUGCAGGCCUGUGCUGAGAGGCCUGGCACUGCCUGGCAGAGUAACAAGGGCUCAGGACGGCCGGCUCUGGGGUACUCAAGCCAAGCCCCUUGGCACCAUCCUGGCCUUUGGCAGGGUUGAGUGAGGCCCUGCAGAGAGUAUCCCAGGCCAAGAUUCCCACUCAGCCUGCUCCCUCUGCAUGUGGGUAGAGGGUGUACUGGGGCUUGGCAUCUAGGAUUCCAUCUGGCACAGCCUCUGAGGGUCCUGGGGAGGCAGGACUCUGUUCUGAACAGCCAGUGGGGCACACUGACUGUCCUCCCCAGGGGAACUGCAGUGCCCUCCUCCCCACUGCUCCCUGCAGCCCCUGGGAUAUUUUGCUCACUCUCCCUCCCCACUUCUGCUUCCCUGAUAUGUGCUCUGAGCUUCCCUGAACCAGGAUCUGCCGAUUCCUGCUGUGCCCCACGGUACACGAUUCCUUCCCUGCGUGACCCACUAUUGCAGAAUGAAGUCACCUUGCCCCCCUCUUCCUUUAAUCUUCAGGCCUCACUGGCCUGUCCUGCUCAGCUUGGGCCAGUGACAAUCUGCAAGGCUGAACAACAGCCCCUGGGGUUGAGGCCCCUGUGGCUCCUGGUCAGGCUGCCCAUUGUGGGGAGGGGCAGUGUUAGAGCAGGGCUGGUCAUACCCUCUGGAGUUCAGAGGAAGGAGGACCCGUGCUUUUUUGUUUCUUUUGUUAUUUUUGGAUGGGUGGUUGGGAAGGUCUCUUUAACAUGGGGCAGGCCACACCCCCAUUCUGUGCCUCAAUUUCCCCAUCUGUAAACUGUAGAUAUGACUACUGACCUACCUCGCAGGGGGCUGUGGGGAGGCAUAAGCUGAUGUUUGUAAAGCGCUUUGUAAAUAAACGUGCUCUCUGAAUGCCACAGA